CACACACACACACACACACACACACACACACACACACACACACACACUCAGAUAGAGAGUUGUACGGUGAGGGAACCGGGACCGGUGUGUUUUAUAAGGAAAGUGAGGCAGCAGCAGGGGUUCUGUUCGGAAUGACAGAAAGCCUGGUUUCGGUCCUCGGACCUUCUUCAUCACCGUUUGAUCUCCAACCGCCGAGUUACGACUCGUUAAAGCGGCUUUACUGCAGGAACGGAGGAAACUUCUUACGCGUCUUACCGGGAGGAGCUGUGGAGGGAACAGUGCAGGAGAGAGACCCGUACACUGUGCUGAAGGUGAAAGCAGUGAGCCCAGGUGUGGUGGUGAUCAGAGGUCAGGAGGCGGGUCGUUACCUGGCCAUGGACAGAAGUGGAAAGCUGUAUGGUUCUGCCCUGCUGAAUGAUGAGUGCUACUUCACCGAGAAGAUGGAAGAGAACCACUACAACACCUACAGCUCACACACACACCAGGAGCAUGGCGUCUGGUACGUCGGCAUCAAGAAAAACGGGCAGAUGAAGAGAGGUCCAAACACCCACACAGGCCAGAACGCCGUCUUCUUCCUGCCCCUUCCUGCACCAUAAACACUGAUGUGUUUCCUAUUUUGGAAUGUCUUAUGGGAAGAGUGUGAUUAAUGCUAAAUCAACUAAAUGAGUUAAAAUCCUGAGCCAUGAUUCUCAAAGUCACGGGAAAAAAUCAGCUGAAAAUCUGCGCUUGAGAUUCUGGAAUAAGACGUUUAUCCUGAAAAAAGUGCUAUUUAUUGUUUUAAUGUAUUUAUUAAUUGAAGUCAAUGAAAAAAGUCAUUUCAUGUAAACCCUUUAGAUAUAAUGAUAUAUUUUACCUUUGUAUAUUUGCCUUGUGAUAAAAUAUUUUGAUAUUAACAUUACACACACACACACACACACACACACACACACACACACACACACACACAGUUCUGUGGAUCUGGUCAGUAACCCAGAGCCUUAAAUGUUGAGAAAUCUACUGACUUUUGCUUUUGGGAACACAGGGGACCCAGAAAACACACAAACACACACACACACACACACACACACACACACACAUCCAAGCUCAGGAUCCUGGAGAUGUGAGAUCUUUUCCACCUUGUUACACACAUGGUCCAUCCUGUUAUUAUCUCAUGAAUAUAUAGUUUUUGCCAGCAGGAUGUUGAGGUCAAUGGUGUAAUAUUAUGUGUUUAUGUGGAUAAAUAAUAAAUAAUAAUCUGUUUGA